AAAACAUCUGUUUCAUUUUUCAUUUUAUUUUCUCACUCUCUCUCUCUCGUUUAGAAAAAAAAAACUGACUUGGAUAUGUCAUUUGUACGUAGCAAAAACCAAAAAGAAAAAGGCAAGAAAAAAAUAGAUAGAAUCGAAUAAAAAAGAAGCAAAAACAUUGAGAGGUACGUCAAACUCUAAUUAGGGCAUAAAGUCUUGUCGGAGACAGGAGCCAUGGGAAGAAGAAAAGUGCAGAUCAAGCGGAUCGAGAACAAGAGCAGUCGACAAGUCACUUUCUGCAAACGACGCAAUGGUCUCAUUGAGAAAGCUAGACAGCUUUCUGUUCUCUGUGAAUCUUCCGUCGCUGUUCUCGUCGUCUCCGCCAUAGGAAAACUCUACAACUCAUCCUCCGGUGACAACAUGUCCAAGAUCAUCGAUCGUUAUAAGAUACAACAAGCUGAUGACCUUCAAACCUUGGAGAAGUUGCUGAUGGAAGAGAACCUGGUUCUAGCUAGCAAAGUAACAGAGAUUUGGAAGCAGACGUUCCUAGUAACACGGGAUGAGACAUUAAUGUUACCGGAAUAUAGCUUCGGUGACAAUACACCGGAGACUCUCUCGCUGCUCAAGUAACCAUCAUCAUCAACGGCUCUGAGUUUUCACCUUAACUCAAAGCCUAAUUCAGAAUUAGAAAUAAAGAAAUUUGUAAUAUCUGCAUAAUCGCAAACCUUUUUAUUUUCCUCUAGUCUCGAAGUCAAGGCAAAACAAACAAACAAACGGGGAGCUCUCUUUUUUCUGAAAUUAAAGAGCUGUAUAACUAAGAUGAAUGAAUCGAUAUUUGUUGUACCUUCGUAGACAAGAUCAGAGUUCAUGUGUUUGUGUCUUGUCUGAAAGCAGGGCCGGGACGGAUCUAAAGAUUUUGCUUUUCCUUAAGCGUGAAGAACCCUAGAGCUUAUUUAUUCUCUUUUUUCCUUAGGUAGGUUCUUUAUUACUUGUCUAACGUUACGUGGCAAAACUACACUACAUAUAUCAUGUUUUGUUUUUUUUUUGUCAACAACAUUACAGACUUAUAUAGACUCUGUAAACCUGCACACUAUGUUAUGUAGUGUAGUUUUCGUUAUUUUAGUUCGAGUAAAAUCAUACGAUAUAAUUUGUCCCUUUUGCAAGUUAUUAAUUCAGACUUUGAGGAGCUCCACCUAAGUCCAGUUUCAGCCUGGCUAGGCCCUUGUUUUAUAUAUAUGGCCAAUCAUAAAAGUAACACUUUUCUCAAAAUUAGAUUUCUUUUUUUUUUAUAGGAUAUUUUUAAAGUAUUAUGUAUUUUUAUCAUGUUUUUGUUAUUUUUUUAUUAAAACACAGCCUUACAAUCUUUAUGAAAGGAGAUUACAAGUCCAAAUAAGAUAACCAAAAUCCGAAAACAUAAAAUAAGCCGGCGAUUAAAAGAAUAAUAAUCCCAUAAACCGGCGAUUGAAUGAUGAUCAAACCUGGAGCCAAAGCAACUAUAACGAUCACUUCUAAAGCCUUGAACAAAGUAUAAAAUUGCCAAUGAAGAUUGGGAUAGAGCAAAUAAGUGAGUUGCAUUCAUAAGCAAAGGAUUGUGAUCACUGGCAGAGAGCCAGAGACAAUCCAAAAUUUCCAAUCUAUUGAAGCUUCACAAACUUGAAAUCACACAAACCCGAGUCAGAACUAAAAAUGACAACUCAACGUCAAAGAUAAAGCUUGGAAACGUAAGAAGAAGAAAAAACACAACUGACUACAAACCCUAAAUGAGACUCAGUUUCAAUUAAAAAAAAAACAAAUC